AUGGAACCAAACAACUGGUCACAAUACCUGGCAGAGGUGACAGCGGCGGGGGUUGAGAAAGAACCUAUGGCCUGGGUUCAGGCUCUUGAGUCAGCUGCGGAUAAUGGAUAUGACGGGUCAGUCUAUACUGUACUACAUAUUGAAAGUUUCGCUAAGCAACAGAAGCGAUACGAGGGACUGUGCAAGUUAUAG